CCAGCGAAAAGGCCUCGCGGCGCCUCGCCUCGGCCGCCGCCUCCUUGCAGGCGCGCGGUGGGCGGGGCCGAGGGCCGGAGCCGCUGCCAUGGCGCGGGCGCUGCGCUGCCUGGAGGCCGCCUUCGCGCUCUACUUCGUCUCGCACGUCCCCAUCACGCUGCUGCUCGACCUGCAGGCGCUGCUGCCCGCCGGGCUGCACCCGCAGCAACUGACGGAGCUGCUGCACUGGUACGCCACCGCCUUCCGGGACCCCCUGAUGCUGCACCCCCCGGAGUGGUUCAAGGCAUUCGUAUAUUGCGAAGCCUUCUUACAGCUGCCAUUCUUUCCCGUCGCAGCCUACGCCUUCUUAAAAGGUGGCUGCAAAUGGAUAAGGACUCCUGCAAUUAUAUACUCCACCCAUGUAGCUACAACGUUGUUUGCUAUCCUGGCUCACAUCCUGUUCCAUGAUUUCUCAACGUCAGAGCAUCCGGGUCCUCAGACACUGCGUGAGCGCCUCAUUCUGUUAUCUGUAUAUGCACCAUACUUGCUGAUACCACUUCUGAUUCUUUUUACCAUGCUGUAUAGCCCUCAGUACAACCAGGUGGAGAAAAGGAAAAGGAAGUAGUCUGUAAAAGGUGUAAGCACAACUUCCCCAUUAGUUUUGAUCCAGACCCCAGUCCUCUGUGACAAACACAAGCAGUGAUGCUGGCUGCAGUUCCUAUUACCAAAGCGUCAGAUUCCUGCAAGGAAAGUUUGAAUUGCUUUUGUUCACAGCCUUUCCAUCAGAAAUAGGUUUGGCAGAAGCCUGUGUUGGCAGUUCCAGGUGGUACCUGGGUAUUUGUAGCUUAAGGGACCCAGCAGUUCCCUUCCCAUUGUUAAUUUUGUCUGGUACUUCUGUGUUAGGACAAUGAACUUCCAACCAUUAAAUGCAUAACCGUGUGAUGGAGGCUGGAAACUGCAGCCCAUUCUUUUCCUUCAACUUUCCUUUCUCCAAGGUUACUUCAGGUUGAAAUUUGUCUUCCAAUAACAUAUUCUACAAAAUCCUUAACUGAUUACAUACAAAUUUGCAAAGCUAAAAUCUUUUUCUCAGCUACUUUUGAAGCAUUUCAUAUCAUGUAACAAUCCUUAACUUCCUCAUCUUUUCAUCUAAAUUUUCACCUUAUUUUCCUCUGCUCCAAUUUUGAUUACUUGCAAAUGCCUGGUCAGUGAUAAAUGUGCCAAAAUCUGGAUUUCUGAAUGCUUUCUUUUGUUUGGCAAUUCCUCCUGGACUUCUUCAAAAACUGCAGUAGCUGUAAACAAGGAUUUGUAAACUUUUCUCUUCCAUGAAAUAACUUCUAGUGUGGAAAUAAAUAACUGCAUCCAAAUUGCAUUUAAUUUCUGAAAUGAAUAAUUAAAACCAACAAAAUCUAUGGGAACUUAGGUAAAGAAAAAUAAUUGUGUUAUACUUUGAAGUCAUAGAAAAUAAAACCAACUGCUGGUAGACUUUCUUUUCCUCAGUUUGAUCUGUAAGAAUAAAACAUGAAGACUUGUGUAAAAUGAUAGGCCACUGAGCUGGCUUUUUCUGUCGCUGCCUUAUUAUUUUAGGACUUUACUGGUGUAUAAUUUAAACCUUCCACAAGCUUUAAAAAGGCAACAUUUUCAUAUUUGGUUGCCUAAGGACAGACAUAAAAUGCAUCUAUUGCCAUUCCAACACAAGCCUUGAUUUUAGACCACAGGCAUUCAGUUUCAGGGAGUCACAAACUUACAAGCUUCCCAGUAACCCAACGGAAGAAACUAAUUCUGAUAUAUCCAAGAAGGUGAAAAACAAUAGUUUAUUUCCUUAUUUCUUUGAAAGAGCUGCACAUUUCAAAAAGUGAGAGGCAUUAGCAUAGGAACAGUAGUAUUAAUUCAACUACAAUUUGAAUUUGAACUACUGACUGUACAAAGCUUUU